AUGAACUCAUAUGCCUAUAUAAUUGAGGUCCUCGCCAAGCCCCUGAUCUCCGGGAUCCGUUGCACUGGCAGGCUACACAGCAUCAGCACCCGUAUAGAGCAGCCACUGCGGAGCGACGGAACAUACAAGAGAACAAUGACGAGCCGAAGACCCGCCCAACAAGCCACUGAGCCUCACUACCCAGUCCUGGGCUGGAUUCUGCCCGACCAGGAUGUUGACAAUAUUCCACUGCGCCUGCUGCGUCAGGUCGUCGGCCAGAUGAAGAUAUACUUCCUACGGCAGUCACGCGGCAACAGUGGGAGCGUAACGUCCAGAAAUGAGCUCAUGAACCGCAUUAUUGUCGAGAUAAGAUUUCGAGAAAACCACGGCAGAUACACCGGCGUCUCCCUGGAGAUUGCUCCCCGGGAGGGCGAGUUCUAUGGCCACACCAACCGCGAGCAUGUGGGCCGGCUGCAGAUGGGCAUGCUCAGGAUCGCGCCGGUCGUCGAGGGACAGAUCUGGGACCCGGCCAACCGGAUCUGCCGCGUCGGGGUACGUCCCGGCCAGCGCCCUACCCUGAGCCAUCUCCUCGAGGACAUGUUGUCCUGCGAGGAUUUGCACCAAUUCUCUUUUGCUUGCCAUGCUGGAGGAGUCAAGCGGGGCCAGCGCGACUGGUGGAUGCAGUACUUCGCGCGGCUCGCGCGCUACAGCGUGGUCUCUCAACGCGUGCGUCUACACAAGUCGACGGAUCCGCCAUUUGACGGCUACCGAGACAUCUUCAGCAUCUUGUCGCAGCGUUGGGUUUCGGAUCCACCUGGCCGUGGUAUCACGGUCGAGAUCGAGCACGGCUUCUUCGAGUCGGCGGCACGUUACCCAGUGCAUGACAUGAUUGUCGUCGAGGAGGACUCAUCGGGCUCAUCCACCGAGAAGGAGCAGUAG